ACUGUCGCAUGAACGAUGAUCCUGGAGAUGAAUGUUGCCAUGGAGAUUAGGGGAGUGUGUGGAUGGAUGGAGAUGGAGUUGGUGUAGUGGAGGCCAGCAAGUCAGGCAUUAUGGGCACUACUGUCACCUCAUUCAACUGGCCUUGGCAAACCUACAGUGUGAUGGAUGGCAGCCUUUUGCAAAAGGUUGACCCAGAGAUGGUCGAUGGUCACCUGUCAUAUGUUCUAGGAGCGCUGGGCAUGCCUGGACUCACUGCUCUAUUACGUGUGAGAGAGAAAGGUCAUGUGACUCCAGGAAGCCAGCAGGAGAUGGUCAUCAGUGGAGCAGCUGGAGCUUGUGGGUCGAUUGCUGGACAGGUGCGACUCCCAGGAACUUCUGGUAUUUGUGGCUCUGACCAGAAAUGCCAGGCCUUGGUAACAGAGCUGGGUUUUACAGCAGGGAUAAACUACGAAAAAGGAGAUAUCAGCUCAGCGCUGAGGGAGCACUGCCCCACAGACAUUGAUGUAUACUUUGACAACAUAGGGGGUCCCAUCAGUGAUGCUGUUAUAUCACAGUUUCUGUGGGUCAUUUGUGUUCACGUGCAAUACUCUCCCUGUGCAGAUGCAUCCCGGUGGUUACCUUCUGGUUACAAACAUACUUUGUCGAUUGUAUACAUGGUAUCAUAUUACCAACUUGCAACAAUACAAUAUGUUCACAGGGAGAGGUUUGUUGUGUUGAACUACAUUGAGAAGCAUGAAGAAGAUCUUGUGCAGCUCAGCCGCUGGGUAAAGACGGGCCAGAUGUUUCCUCACAUGAAAGAUGCCAUAAACCUUUUGUACACUGUAUUUCUCCUCUUAAUUUUACAGGUGUUGGAAACUGUUGUGAAUGUUAUAGAAAACAUGGGAGGGGCGUUUUGCUCCAUGAUGACUGGAGGCAAUAUCGGUAAACGUUGUCAAACAUCUGCAUCUGGUGCAGUCAUUAUAAAUCUGGGCUGGUAACCGAAAGGUAACUAAAAAGGGACUAUCAAAAAGAUAUUUGAAGUUUCUCCAGUGGGACUGUCCCUUUAAGUGUGCUGCAAGUCAUUUUGAAUAAAUGCAUCAGCU